AUGGCCACCAUACCGCCCCCGUAUUCCUCACGCGACCAUGCACAGGUUCAACCAGGCCCUCAUUCUAUAACCACCUCGCCAACACAAGAGUUCUCCGAAAGCACAGCUGUCACCCUUGAAUGGACAAUCACCGGAGCUAAAGCCAUGUACGAGGCCACCCGAGGUGAACAGAAGUCCAAAUGCGUCAAGUCGGCCGUUUUCGGAGAUGUAGACAACUGCUGGGAGCUGUUGUUCUACGCCAACAGUGGCCAGUCGGCUCAGGCAGGCGACCAUGUCAGCCUAUACCUUUCUUGUGUGCCCACCCCACAAGAGAGAGGCUCCAAGCUGGCGCAUCAAUGGCAUCGCAAGGGACUGUGGUGGUUCAAGUUUGAGAUUCGCUCUGGGCACCCCAAGCCUGAACCGAUCGUCACCAAAGAAGCCUCGGAUCACACCUUCGCCGUCAAGAUCGCUAACUGGGGGUGGGUAAGCUAUCUUAAGCGCGAUGCUCUUUUCCUUCAUCCUCAAGUGCUCGCCUCGGAUACUUUUCAGAUUCUCUGCACAAUCCGUGCGCAGCCACAGCCUCCAGCUGGAUUCUGGCUCGGUGUCGGGCUUCAACCCAGCUCACCGGUAAAGGCUGACGGUAGGGGUGAAGGGAGCGGCGGGGGGUUGAGUCGGUGGGCUAGUCAGUCUGGUUGUGCUGGGGUUGCGGGAGGCACCACUGCUGGAGGCGGUUCGAGAAGAGUCGUUCCUAAAGAGCUGGUAAUGGGGCUGGGAAAUAUGUUGGAUGAUCCCUUAUACUCUGAUGUCGAGUUCAUCAUACCAUCACGCGAUGGUCCUCCCAAGAAGAUUUAUGCCAUCAAAAAGCUGCUCUGCAGAUACGAUUAUUUUGAAGCGCUACUCAAUGGCGGGUUCGGAGAAGACGAGGGACUUGUAGACGAGGAGAUCGUCGUUGAUGAUGAUUUGGACAUGCUGUCCGACUCGGACAUAGGUGACGAACACGACCCGUAUGGCGACGAGGAGCCAGAAGAUGAGGAAGCGUUGUUUCCCCAUCUUAACCCCACGACCGCUAGUCAGAGAAGUACAUCGCCACCUCAGCCUGCUCAUAAUCAAUCGACAUCUUCUGAUGUCAUCAAUAAUUGCCAGGAAAAGGUGGACGAUUUGAAAGAUACCAUGGCCACUAUUCCAGGCGGGCUGGGACAGUCGUUGAAAGACCACAAAUUGCAAGACGACUUACAGGAAGACGAGCACAGGGAGGAGAAUCAAGAGGUCAGAAGUAAACCUCUGCCGAAGGCAGACGUAGCCGGACCGAAGAAAACCAUAGUUAUCAUCAGAGAUGCUGCCUGGACUACAUGGUGGGCUUUGUUGUAUUGGCUUUACACCGACAUUAUUUACUUUGCUCCUCUCACAUCGACUUUUGAGAAUAGCCACAAACCUUGUACUCCAACAUCGGCCACUACCACGACCGACGAGCCGACGAAUCGGCUCGAGUGGUUACGUCGCUGGAUGGCAGACCAUCACAUCGAUCUUCCUCCGUCAUCAUCGUCUACUUUCGGCGAACCAUCCUAUGAGGUUCACGCGGGACCUCGACCUGUCAGCUCCAAGUCAAUCUACCGUCUUGCUGACAAGAUGGAUAUAUUGCCGCUCAAGCUGCGAGCAUAUCACCACAUCUGUUCCCAGUUGACAGCCAACAAUGUACCGGCGGAAGUGUUCAGUAGAUUCUCAGCGACAUUUGAAGACGUCAGAAAGGUGCAAGUGGAGUGCUUUUUGGCCAAUUGGGGCGAAAUCAAGAAGAGUGAUGUGAUGAUGGACAUCUGGAAGAAUAUCAGACUUGGAAAGCAUGCGGGGUUUGAAGAGGUCUGGCCUCUGAUUGUCAAACAACUCGACUUCAAGCCCUCAUAG